AUGUUCGAGGCCAAGAAAUCUUGCUAUCUAGCUUUCAUCUUCUCUGCAGGCUUCUAUGGUGCUGACAGUGUCGAGACAGCUUUCUCUCUAAUCACCCAUCGCACGCCAAGCCCGCUACACCUGUCGCUGUCGGUGCCCCAAGCCCCUCUUCGCUUCCUCGCCAACAGCAGAUUGCCCAACAUGGAAGCGAACCAGAACGACGAGCUCUACCCAAUCGCCGUGCUCAUCGACGAACUGAAGCAUGACGAUGUCAUUCUGCGAUUGAAUGCCAUCCACCGCCUCAACACAAUCGCUCUUGCCCUUGGCGCAGAGCGAACACGGGAGGAGCUCAUUCCCUUCCUAGACGAGUCUGUCGAGGACGAGGAUGAGGUGCUCACAGCUUUGAGCGAGGAGCUGGGCAAAUUUGUCGAGUACGUCGGUGGCCCUGAGUACGCGCAUGUGCUCCUUUCACCUUUGGAGAAUCUUGCCGCGAUAGAGGAGCCUCUCGUACGGGAGAAGGCUGUCGAGUCGCUCAACAAGAUCUGCGAGGAGCUGUCACAGCAGCAGAUUGAAGAUGCCUUCAUACCACUAGUCAUGCGCCUGUCCAAGGCAGACUGGUUCACUUCAAAGAUCUCUGCAACUGGUCUCUACCAGACGCCGUACUCGCGCGCCACACCUCCAUCGCAAGAAGCGCUCCGACAGCAUUAUGGCCAGCUGGUGCACGACGACACCCCCAUGGUCCGAAGACAAGCCGCGAACAACCUCGCCAAGUUCAUCAAGGCCAUGCCCGCAGCGAUUGUCAUCGAUGAGAUGAUCCCGCUCUUCCAGCACCUCGCGGCAGAUGACCAGGAUAGCGUCAGGCUUCUGACCGUCGACAUUCUCAUCGCGAUCGCCGAGGCCGUGCCCAAGGAGCAGCAGUCAAGUCACGGUGUGCUUUUGACAGCUUUGAGGAGUUUGUUCGAAGACAAGAGCUGGAGAGUGCGCUACAUGGUUGCAGACCGAUUUGAGAAGGUAGGCGAGAUUGCCAAAGCCGUCGACGAGGAGGUUGUCAACCGAGACCUCGUGCCCGCGUUCGUAAAGCUAUUGAAAGACACCGAGGCAGAAGUUCGCAGUGCGAUCGCGGGGCAAAUUCCAGGCUUUUGCUCGCUACUUGAGCGCGAGACUCUUCUCCACGAUGUCAUGCCCAGCAUAGAAGAGCUUGUCUCGGACCAGUCUCAACAUGUGCGCGCGGCUCUAGGAACCCAAAUUAGUGGGCUGGCCCCAAUUCUCGGCAAGGAGGAGACCAUUUCACAUCUCCUUCCCAUGUUCCUGCAGAUGCUCAAGGACGAGUUCCCUGACGUGCGUCUGAACAUCAUCUCCAAACUCGAGUCUGUCAACAACGUUAUUGGCAUCGAGCUCUUGUCGCAGUCGCUCCUUCCUGCCAUUGUCCAGCUUGCCGAAGACAAGCAAUGGCGCGUUCGAUUGGCUAUCAUCGAAUACGUUCCGCUCCUUGCCUCGCAGCUCGGUGUCAAGUUCUUUGAUGAGAAGCUCAGCAGCUUGUGCAUGAGCUGGCUCGGCGACACCGUCUUCUCGAUCCGUGAAGCGUCAACGCAGAAUCUUAAGAAGCUGACUGAGGUAUUCGGUGUCGAGUGGGCGAAUGAUGCCAUUGUUCCCAAGGUCAUGGCAAUGGGCCAGCAUCCCAACUAUCUCUACCGCAUGACCACUUGUUUUGCUGUUUCGACCCUUGCCCCCGCCCUCAGUCUCGAUGUCAUUGAGCAGUCAAUCCUGCCAAUGAUGGACAAGCUGGUCAACGACGACAUUCCCAACAUUCGUUUCAAUGUCGCAAAGUCAUAUGGUGUCCUGGUAAGCACACUCAAGCAGCUACCAGAACAAGGCACCGUCAUUGCAUUGGAGAAGGCCGGUACACCAGGUCAAGGCUGCCAGAAGGCGACGGAUCUCAUUACAAAGAGCAUCCUGCCGAAUCUGGAGAAGCUGCAACAGGAUGACGACGUGGACGUCAGGUACUUUGCAACGACAGCGGCACAGGGCUUCUCAGACGCGAACGCAAUGCAGACGUAG